UGUUUCAGAUGCAGAUUUUGGUUGAGCUUCUCACGGGCAAGAUUGUCACUCUCGAUGUUGAGAGUUCAGAUACUAUAGAAAAUGUCAAGACUAUGAUCCAGGACAAGGAGGAAAUAGCCAUACACAAGCAACGCCUCAUGUUUGAUGGCACGCAGCUGAAGGAUGGACGCACCUUGGCCGACUACGACAUUCAAAAUGAGUCUACCCUUCAUCUCAACGGCGGUAUGGAGAUUUCCGUGGAGACCCUCAACGGCAAUAUGAUCACCCUCCAGGUGGAUCCAUCAGAUACCAUCCAGGACGUCAAGGCAAAGAUUCAGGAUGAACACCGCCUUACCUUUGACGGGAAGAAACUUGAAGACAACUCUACUUUGGCUGAUUACGGCAUCCAAUAUGGUUCAACUCUUAACCUUCAUCGGCACAACCCAAAAUGGAUGCAAAUAUGCAUCAAGCCGCUUGAAAGGUCUUUCUAUGUUAAGAGCUCAGAUACCAUCGACAGUGUCAAAGCAAAGAUUAAAGAUGAGUAUUGCAUUCAGGUGGUCCAGCAGCGCCUCAUCUUUAACAAGAAGGAGCUCGAGGGUGGCCGCACUUUGGCUUAUUAUGACAUUCGGAAUGGAUCCGAUCUGGACCUUGUCCUCCGUCUCCGAUCUGGAUUGAUGGAAAUCUACAUCAGAACUUUUACAGGAAAUACCUAUGCUCUUAAGCUUGAGAGCUCAGAUACCGUACACAGUGUCAAGGAGAAGAUUGAACAGGCACAGGGCCUUCCCAUACAAAACCAGCGCAUCAUCUUUGAUGGGAAGCAGCUCGAGGGUGGCCGUACGCUGGCGGACUACAACAUCACGGACCUGUCCACCCUUCAUCUUGGCAUUCGCCUCCUCUAG